AUGGUGGCCGGGUUCUGUGCUGGAACAACGAAGGGCGACGGCGAGGCCGGUGAGGCCCGUAAGCGCACCGCUGGCGAGCAGGCGGGAGAGGUCCUCGGAGGAGGCGCUGGGCCAGGCCCUGCGGUCGAGGCCUUCAUCGGAGACCUUCCGACCAUUCGGGGGGAAUGCGGCGAGGGCACGGGCGAGGCGCUGGAGCAGCUGUGCGGCGAGCUUCCGCCCGUCCCCGCCUUGCCGACGGUGGUGACAACGACGGAUCGGCGCUUCGGGGGCUUCAAGGCGCCGUUCCCUGUGGUCGAGACGCGGGGAGCCGCAGGGAGCUCGCAACGCAUCGCUGCGAGCCGUGCCUGCGAAGGCCCACCCUCGGCAGAAACUCGGCUCCCGCCCCAGCCUCGGAGACAGGCAGCAGCGCGAGGGGAGGCCAACGAAGAGGGCAAGAGCAGAUCUCGAACCCAUUCGGCUACCUCCGCAAAGUCGGCGGACUUCACGGUGCCGAAGAUUGUGUCCCAGGAGAUCGAGAAGAUCCAGGGUGCCGAGAUCGUGAAGAACGUGGAGGUGCCGAAGGCCGAGUCCGUCGAGUACACCGUUCGCGAUCUGAAGGUUGAGACCGAGAAGGACGACAAGAUAGCGGAGGUGCCGACGGUCGAGCACGUCGGGAACAUCGUCCACUUGCCGAACGUCGUGUUCGCGAAGCAGGAGGCUGGGGUCUCCAGCGAGGUGUUCACGGCCGAGGUGGAGACCUACGACGAGGAAGAGGUUGGCGAACCCGACAUGUUCGGCUACAGCGCUGAAGUCAGGGCGAUGCCGCACGCGGGAAAGAAGAGGAGCUGGGCUGCCACGGUGGAGGCCAACCAGACGGCCUUCGCGAAGGCGGCCGCGGCGGAGGCCUGCCGCAUCGCCAUCUGGCGGCUCGAGCACGACGUGCUGGUGGGCGCCGAGGGGCAGGUCCAGGAGCACGUGGAGGCCGAAGCGGUGGAGGCCGAGAGGACCGUCGAAGUGGAUGCCUUCCUCGGUCUCGCGCAACUGCUCGUGGGGCUCGAUCCGCAGCCGCUCAGCAAGCUGACGGUGGACCCGUGCUUGAAGAUGCUGAAGGGAAUGGCUGAUCAUGAGAGGGAUCUGUACUUCGAGGCACUCCGUCGCUCUAUCGACCUCGAUGGCGGAUCCUUUGAUAAUUUGUUCUCUGCGCUCGAUGAGCUCCUGGCCGGCCUUGUUGAGUACGGGUGCUCGGACCAGCUAG